AUGAUGGUGCGGUUCUCGAUGCUCGUCGCAUCGCUGGCAACGACGAGCGCGCGCGACCGUUGCGUCUUCAACGCGACCGACGCGCGCUGCGAGAGCGCGGCCUACCGCGGCCAAUACCCCUUGUGCGCCCUGUUCCAAUACGCGGACCGGAGCCCCAUCCCUUGCCGCGGCCUCGUCGACGCCGACGCCUGCGACGCCGACAAAUCCCCGACCCCCGAGGCCGCGUCGUGGCACGUGCACGUCUUCUUCCCGAACGUCGACUGCGGCAACUGCUCGGGCCAUUUCACGCGGGAGGCGGCGAAUUUCACGUUCGCGGGGGCCAUGCGCCUCCGGCGCGACCUCGCGGCCUUCUUCAACGCGGACGCCGCCGACGCCCCCAUCGACGAGGCGCGGGCCCUGCGGGACCCGGCCUACGACGAGUGCAUCGACGGCUUCGGCCUCGUGGCCGGCGCGCCCGCGAAAUACCACCCUUCCCCCUGCAUCUACGAGGUCGACGCGGUCAAGGAGCUGGGCCCCUUCACGGACCCCGCCACGGGCCUCGGCUACCCGAACUGGUCCUUCUUGAUCCCGUCGAACUUCUGGGCGCCGGGCCUGCGGGACCGGACCGUCGCGUGGUUCGAGCGGCGGCGCGAGCGCGGCGACGGCGGCGCCUACGACGUCCUGUUCCACCCGAACACGGGCUGCGAGGCGCGGGACCACGUCGACGCGUCGUCGCCGGACAUCCGCUGGCUCGGCGAGCGGCGGCCGCUCGACGCGGCCAUCUUCAGUUGCAACGCCCUCGGCUGCAACCAGGCGUGCCCCUCGGACCGGGGCCCGCCGGCGGACUGCGGUACUAGUUCCAUCUAG